UUUUUUGUAUUAGACACCACUAGGAUCUAUUUGAGGAGCCACUCCUUUGCAGUCUAGAGCAGUAUACCCUACAGAGAUCUUUUCUCAACUCAUCCCCAGAUGCCUUUGGCUCUCUUUGUGGAUUUACCAAGCUAUUUUUAGGUUGGACAAGCAGCUUUCUAGUCAGCAGGCUGAGACCUUUUUACUAAAAGGUAGCUCAGCAACAAAGGUUCUCAGACUCAUCUACAUGUUCAGUUGAUUCUCUUUAUAUAAUAUGUGUUAGUUCUGUCCUAUGGAAUCACUGCAAACACUGAAUUAGCACGUACUGAACCAUUGCUCAAAUGGGAAAUACAGGGUUAGGUUCUGGCAGACUUCUGAUGGUAACAUUUUAUCCACCAAUCAAACUGUAACCUGUUUUGUGUGAAAAGCACCUUUAUUGUAUAGAUGUUGUUGAUUCAUUAACACUGAACUCCAGGCCAACAGCCUGUACUAUACAGGCAGCUAUAACUCUUGCCUGAAUGAAUUUUAUCUAAUACAUGUAUUUUCUCUGUAAGGCACGUCACAGCCUUCUUAUACUUAGGAACACUAGAUGGUACUGCUGCACAUUUUAAAUCACCAAAGUCACCAACAAAAAACAUAAAAAUGCAGAACAGUAUCUCCUUGUGUGGAUUACCUGUGACAAAAUAGUUUUGCUCUCAUGCUGGCCCUUUCCUUCCACAAAGGAUGUUUUUGAAUGACCUCCUUGGCACCUGUAUUCUAAUCCUGAAUCAUAGGGACCGUUAUCUGGGAGAAACUGUCACACAGCAGCAAGGACAGUGGGUACUGAUUAUCUUUUGCAUGCUAACACCAGAGAAUUAGCCUCUCUUCUGAAUAGUUCCAGGUGGAGCCUUAGACACUGACCAUGUUGUCCCUCCUUUGGAACCUCUCAUACUCAUGUGUGCAUUUUAAAAUAAAUCACCUUUGUGUGACCUUGGGCAAGUUGCUUGGGUUCACUGACUCUCCAUCUCGUCUUCUCUAAAAUAAGCAAUGCCAGGCUCAUAGGUGUGUUGUGAGGAUGAUCUCAGAUACUGUUUGAGAAGGCCUUAGAACAGAGCCUGGCACAUAAUGGUGCCAGUCUGUCCCAGCCUGGUGUUCUUGGUUAUCCCUACAGUCAGCACUGCACCAUGCCUGUAAGAUCUAGGUUGGAUAACCUGUGUCUGCUUCCAAAAUGGCAAUGGAAAAUGUUACUGAAUGAUAAGCUCUCCCACUUUCCAUCCUCCCACUGUGUCACCCUCUGUUGCCUGGGAGAGUGAAAAGUUAAUUGCCAUAUUCUAAUUCCCAGAUUUAAAUAAUGUUAAAUUUUGCCCUGUUCCUUACCUCGUAGCAUUGUAGUGAGAAAUAAAUAAGGAAGUUUAUUGAAAGCACUUAAAAUAGUGCUUAGCACUUGAGUGUAUAAUGAAUGUUCUCUAUUAUUAUUAGGCAUAACUGAAUCAUAUCUUCCUCUUCUGAGACAGACUGGUCCGAGCAGGGCCAUCCUCCCUAGGGGAAGCCAAUUGCUGAGCUUAAUUGUCUGCAUCUUAAACUGGUCUCUCUGCAUAUCUGAAUGACUUUCUAUGUUUUGGUUGUAGGGGCCUGGAUUUAGAAAUGGCUAAGAAAAAAUUAGAUUUCUUAAGGACUACCCUUCCUGCUUUUCUCCUGUUGGAUCCCCCUGCCAGACUGUCCCCAGGUCCUGCUGAUUUUUCUUUUGUCAUUCCACUUUCAUACUGCAUCUUCUCCUCCUCUUCCCUCUCUGCCAUCAGCCUAGUUUUGGCCAUCAUUAUCUCUUGCUGGUUUUCCUGAAAAUCUUCCUUGUUGCUUCUUGCACAGGACCACAAGCUUCAUCUUUUUAAAACUAUUCCUUUGAUUGUAUGACAGUCCUGCUCAAAUGCCAGCAGUUUGCUUCUUGGUUUUUUUUUUGACUAGAUAAAGUUUGAGCGCUUUCCAAUAGAAAUAUUAUGUGAGCAAUAUAUAUAGUUUUAAAUUUUCUAGUAGCCAUAUUAAAAAACAUAAGAGGAAACAUGUAAAAUUAAUUUUAAUAACAUAUUUUACAUAAUCCAAUAUAUCCAAAACAAUAUCAUUUCAACAUGCAAUCAAUAUUAAAAAAUCUUUGAUGAGAUAUUUACAUUCUAUUUUUUAAUACACUCACUGCACUUCUUGAUUCACAUGCUCAUUUUCCAAUGGAUAUACUUGGUCUCUAUUCAGAUUUCAUAGAAUUUAUGAUUGAAAAAGUUGUCUGAAACAUACCCAACUUAUUUGAGAUGUAAUUAAAAUUUUCUCAAUGACUGAAUCAAACAUCAGUUUUUAAAUUUAAAUUAGGUUAAAAAUCCAGUUUGUCACACUAGCCACUUUCAAGUGCUCAGUGGCCACAUGUGGCUGCUGUGCUGGACAGUCCAGGUAUAAAGUCAUAAGCCUGGAUUCUGGUGUUGCAUCCUCAUCCGCUUCUCCCCACUGUGGUUACUGGGUCUCUUGAUUAUAAAGGUCAGAGAGAACAGUUUAGUCUGUCACAUGGCACCUGGAGGUUUACUCGGGAUACAUGUGGACUAGAGCUGGAAAGCAGUCAAGACCUGAGACAGCUCAAAGGACCAGCCCCAGUCCCGUGGCCCCUCUGCCUCUCUCUCACCUUCAGCCACCCUCAUGGGAAGAUCCCACUGGAUUCUGAUCCUAGAGUCUCCAAGCUGGGUAUUUCCAGUCACCUCUGGCUAGAGGAGCUGAAUAGCCAAGCUUAGAUCGCUUUCAUCGGAAAGGAAUAGCUAGAGGCAGUGUAGCCAGUAGGCAUUAUGCCAUUUUGUGGCUGGGCAGGAAGUGAAGUUUGUUGAUACGGAAGCCCCAAGACUGAUAGUGGUAGCUUCUUGGAACAAACUUUUUUAGUUAAGCAGAGUGUGAGUCCUGUGCUUUGUCACCAUCAACUUGAGCUGCAAAACCCUCCUGCCUUCCUACUCGCCCCCAGUUUCCUCCCUUUGAAUCACUUGGGUGAGCAGCUCUUUCUAGGAGCAUGUGUUUUGGUUAGUGGCACCCGCUAUCACUGUAGCUUAAAUUACGUCUUCAGUUUACCCGCUGGCCUACACGGCCCUAAGGAAUGAGACACAGCAAGGACCAGUUUUGAUAGGCAAAAGUUGUGGAAUGAUGGAAACUUUCAAGGGAACGGGAACUAGCAGGCCAGCACUGAGGAGAGAGAUGGCAUGGAGCCUAGGAAGAGGCAGGAAGCCCAUCCUUGUGAAGGUGCCUAGGGCCAGCUCUGUAUUAAAGCAGCCCUCCCCCACAGAGCCAGCUCCAGAACCCUCUUGCCUGGUGGAGGAAGAUAACCUACUUAUUAACACAGCAUAAGCUUGCAGUAGUCCCAGGCUGUGGCCUGACUGUGGUAUCCAGGUUGAUGACGUAAAAACAUUUUCUCCUAAUGAAGUGGCAGCCAUUGCAAACAUCUGACAUCUGAAGUGAAAGGAUUUAGCUUUGAAUGCCUAGAUUUUGCCACCUGGAAGCCGUGCGACUCAAGGUGGUUGCCUUUAUGACGUCUCCAGUGGGUCAGUACCUGGACAGGCAUCCUUUCCUGACCCUCACCUUGCUGGUGUUUGUGGCUGUGUCAGCUGUUCCUGUUGGCUUCUUCCUGCUCCUCGUGGUGCUUACCACCCUGGCUGCUUUUGUGGGCGUCAUACUACUGGAAGAUCAGAUCACAGUCCGCAAAGAGAUGGUUGCCAUCUGCUCAGGUGAUCCCUCUGGCCCAUUCUAUGGCUUCCCAAAGCUAAGAGCACCCCGGGUUGCUUCCCUACCCAGGGGACUGUGGACAAGGCACUUUACACUUGGAGAAGAAGGCGAACAUGGACUGGUCAUCUCUGUGGGCGGCCUCUCACUGCUCUGUGUUCUCUGUGGCUUGGGCUUCGUGUCACUCGUCAUGUCAGGGACAAUCAUAGUGUCCUGCAUGGUUGUCUCCAGCCUCGUCAACUACUGGUUUUCUCCCAGACUGUUGACACAACACAACUCCAGUGGUGACUGUCAUCUGGCCACGAAGUCCACACACUUAGAGGGGCUCUACCAGGAAUGACCAGCUGAAUGGAACCAAAGCUUUUUUUUCAAGCACCUCUGGAAAGCUGUUGAACCAUCCUUACCCCUUGGGAUUAUGACUCAGGAGGGACUGGUAGUCAAGCACUUCCUGGUGGUGUCCUCUGGCUUUUUCACUUAUUUGUAGGGUCCUGCAGAUUUGGGGAUCUUGUUGCUCUUGGUCAGUUCUAUCAGCUGACCAACCCUCAUGUGGAGAAUUGGCAGAGAAUCUCGAUGGCUUGGUGGCUCCUUGCACCUCGUACCUCCUCCCUCCCCCAGGGAUGCAGACCUGAGCUUGGCAGGGUCCUGAGCCUCUACAGGCCAGUGACCUGACCCCAAAGGCUCAGAUCUUGUAUCUGAGGGCCCAAUUUGGGGCAAACACGGAUUGUUUUUCCUUUUCUUUCUUCCUUUUUUUUUUUUAAAUGAGAGCUGCUUAUUUCUUCACUCAUUUGAAAAAAGAGGGGGCAGAAAUCCAAAACAGAACAAGCUCUUCUGCCUUAUUAGCCUUUUAUCAGAAAGACAAACAACAUUUGGAAAUAAUGGCCUUUCAGACAAAGUUAGAAGAUAGACUCCAAACUUAACCUUAUGGCCAAGAGCAUUUUUUUCUAAGUCUAAAGGUAUGGUUUUCACUGUUGAGUACUGUUAAGUGAUGUUAUUCUUUAAAAUAUUUGCACUCGAUACUUUUGUAUUGUUUUAAGGACUUGUCUUGCUAAGCCUUCAAAAAGUCCUAUGAAAAUGCUAAAGGACUACAAAAAUUUUAAAAGUCCUAUGGGAUUUCUACUUCAGUGGUUUAUUUGCUGUGGUAUUUUAUUAAAUAAAUAUUUAUUUAGAUGA